AUGCGCAUCAGGGGGCUGAUAGGCGCGACCCGCGCAGAGGCGUCGGCACUGUCCGAUGCCCUCCCUUUCGCGGCGGCCGCCCGGCUUUUGGUCGCCUGUGGCCCGCGCUCCUUGCGGCUGCGCGCGCUGCGCGAGCCUCGCCCCGGCCGGCAGCCGAUCCCGCCCCGGCCGGCAGCCAAUCUCGAUGCAGAAGCAGUCGCCGAGCGACGGCGAGAAGCGGCUUGCGCACGCACACGCCAAGGCGAGCUCUCGCGCGCCCGCCAAGUGUUGACCUCAGCCGAACUCGCGCCUGGUGAUGAGGCGACCCGGGCAGCUUUGACUGACCCAGCCAAACGGCCGCCGCAGCCACGCGAGCCCAUCCCGGCAGAGGUGUUGCAGUUCCAACCGCUGACGCCCGUGCGCCUGACUUCCGCCGCGGUCGCUCGCAGCCUUCGCUUCGGCGCCCGGGCUGUCGGGCGCACGAGCCGAUCACUACAAACUCCCUCCGCGCGCACAGAGCUCCGCCAGCAAUGCGAGCCCCUGCAAAAGCGGCGUGGGCCCGCCGCUGGUGGAGCGUGCUCUCUGUGGCCGUUCAGCACGCUGUCGGCCACACGGCGCUGGGGCGCGCCCCAGCCAUGCCGGGACCGGCACUUGCUGAUGCGCCGGCCUUUGACGAGGUCAUGGACCUCGCUGGCCCGGAAGGGCCGAGCUGCUUGCCACUGCACUGAACCGGCCCGCCGGACCGCGUUUACCCAGGAACCGGAUCUGACUGACAACCAGGUCGUCCGCGUACAGCAACAAGGUAACUCUGGGAGCAGCAGAGUCACGACCAAGAGCAACCCCUGGGCAGGAAGCUCGCACUGCUGUGGAAAUGCCAUCGAACAAGAUGUUGAACAGCAAUGGUCCAAGGACGUUGCCCUGACGGACUCCAGCAUUCUCGUCCCAGGAUUCAGACAUCAUCCCGUUGACCAGGACUCGUGCAGACGUGCCACUCAAGAGGUCAUCCAGGACUCGCCAAGUGGAUCCUGUUACGCCGGCUUCGGCAAGUUUGACCAGGACUGCAUCUCUCCAGGCUACGUCGAAAGCCUUCCGCACAUCGACAAAUGCAAAAAAAGUGCGCUUGCGCGCACGAAGGCGCAGCGUUUCAACGAGAUCAUCAAUGGCAAGCUGCCAACUUCGAUGCUGCACAGCACGGGGCGAUGCGAUGUUGUUUGCACUAUUGCCUUUGAAGCGCUUGAACUAGCCGUUGGCUUGUGGACAUCAACAGGUGACAGUGAACCGGCAACUUGCGGCUUUGUUGCAUUGGGCGUGCCGAUCGGGCAUACGGAGUUCGUGCGACGCACCCUCGCGGCAAGGCUUGAGGAAGAGCGCCGCUUGCUGCACGAACUGCCGGAAUUGCCUGAUAUGCAGAGCGCAUGGCUGCUCCUGCUCUACUGUGCCAGCCCGCGUGCCCAACAUGCUCUGCGCACGGUGCCGCCGCUGGACUCGGCCACCUAUGCGGCAGAACACGAUCGGGCGAUUUGGGCAACGCUCCACCACCUUCUAGCGGAGCAGGAUGCGAGCGGGCGGGAGUGGACCGCAGCGCGCCAAAUCGCCUUCCUCCCUGCCGCAUGUGGUGGCCUCGGUCUCGCGAGCGCGGAGGCGCUGCGAGCUGCUGCCCGCUCCGGGUGGGAACGCCGGUGGUGGGGGCAGCUGGGUUGCGCGUUGCAGCGCGCCUUGGCCUCGACGCUGUUGGGCGGUUGCUGGCGCGCGCCGGCGCAGCCAACCGGAGACGAGGGCACGCCGCUUGGUUGGGUCCUGGAGCUCGCCGAGGCUGAGCAGCCGUCCAGGUUGCCCUUGCGACCAAUCCCGAAGGAGAACCGCCAGCGCCACCUGCACACCGGAUUCCGACGCAGCCUGUUCCAGGCCUACGUAUUGCCUGCGAUGCAGCACGGGGCUGCUUUUCUUGAUGAUGCAUCUGUGCGUCGCCUUGAGAAGCAGUUUAUUGGGGUCGACGUUUGCUUGGCUGGCCGGCAGGCGCCCCAGGCGCGGCUGCGGACGUCAAGAAGGCCCAGGCAAACCUGUUUGGCCGUUUUUGUUCAGCUGACCCGCAUGGUGCUCACCGUAGUUUGGCAGGCCGCGUAUUUCGCUAUGCCCCGAAUUGUCCAACGUCAUGGGCGCAGCAAGUUCGUGGCAUCUUGUGUGUUUCUGACAUUCCUUUGCCAGAUGCUUUCGGUGUUGGUCCUGGCUGUAUGCAUCGAUCAAUGUUACGGCAUUUCAGCCAAGAAUACUUUGCAUGAUUUUGCCCUCCCGCCACAGGCACUGAUGUGGAGCUUUUCCCCGCCACACGGGCGCCUUGAGGGCUACUGCUUGGAGGGAAACAACAUCGAUCUCUGGAACAGUGGAAGCAGCAUUGUGUCCGUCCAGCCUUGGAACGCAUUGGUUGGCAGAUGCGACGCGGUGAAGUUGACCAACUCCCGUGUGGUCACCAUCCUUUCAUGGAUGGACGUGCAGCUCGGCACCGUGGUCUACGUCACCCUUGCCUUUGCGGCGCAGCAGAUUGGAGCUUCAUUCAUGCCGACGUCAGCGACGCAGGGAUGGGCGCGUCGCUGGUGGGGCGUCCUGUCGGUCGCUCUGCAGCGUGCCGUGGCAAGUUCCGUGCUCGGGGUUGUUUGGACCAUGCCACCACUCCCCGGCGUGCCGGACGACGUGCCGCUAGGCGAUGUCCUUGACCUCGCUGAGGCGGCCACGCCCAACCGAUUGCCUUUGCAGCUGUGA